GCCCGAGGGCCGCGGCUCUGCUGAGGAAGACCCCAGAGGAAGACCCCGAUGCGCCAACUCAGCAGCCGCAGCCGGAUGCCCUGACUUUUCGCUUGCUGUCCUGGACUUUUUCUCUGGCGCGGGCCUGAGGCGGCUGCCUGGACAUCCCGAGGACCAGCCGCUUGCCACAAGUAGUCCCCGAUCUUUGCUCUAAGAUUUUUGCUGUGAGAAUUAACAGUAUCUGUUCAAUAUGGUAGACAUUCUGGCUCAUGAAUCAGAAUUACUUGGACUGGUGAAAGAGUAUUUAGAUUUUGCUGAAUUUGAAGACACCUUGAAAACAUUUUUGAGAGAAUGUAAAAUAAAAGGAAAACCAUUGUCUAAAUCUACAUGUGGCUCUUUAAGGGACCCCAAAUCAUUGAAAUUCCAGAGGGAUCUCCUUGCUGCGUUUGACAGUGGAGACCAGAAGGUGUUCUUCAGGCUGUGGGAAGAGCACAUCCCCAGGCCCAUCCGGGAUGGCGACUCUCUGGCCCAGAAGCUGGAGUUCUACCUUCAUAUCCACUUUGCCAUCUAUCUUCUGAAGCACUCCACAGGCAGACCUGACAAAGAGGACCUGGAUGAAAGGAUUUCUUAUUUCAAAACCUACCUGGAGACCAAAGGGGCGGCCCUGAGCCAGACCACGGAGUUCCUCCCUUUCUACGCCCUGCCUUUUGUUCCCAACCCCAUGGUGCACCCCUCAUUUAAAGAACUCUUCCAGGAUUCUUGGACUCCGGAAUUAAAGUUGAAAUUGGAAAAGUUUCUGGCUUUAAUGUUCAAAGCCAGUAACACGCCAAAGCUUUUAACAUUGUAUAAGGAGAAUGGACAAAGCAACAAAGACAUGUUGCAGCAGCUCCACCAGCAGCUGGUAGAAGCUGAGCGGAGGACCAUGACGUACCUGAAACGGUACAACAGGAUUCAGGCCGACUACCACAACCUCAUCGGAGUCACGGCAGAGCUGGUGGAUUCUCUGGAGGCCACGGUCAGUGGCAAGAUGAUCACGCCCGAGUACCUCCAGAGCGUCUGCGUCCGCCUCUUCAGCAACCAGAUGCGGCAGAGCCUGGCGCACAGUGUGGACUUCACGAGGCCCGGCACGGCCUCAACCAUGUUAAGAGCCUCCUUGGCACCCGUGAAAUUGAAGGAUGUCCCGUUACUGCCCUCCUUGGAUUAUGAGAAACUGAAGAAGGAUUUGAUUUUGGGGAGUGACCGCUUGAAAGCCUUCUUGUUGCAGGCUCUACGCUGGCGCUUGACCACAUCGCACCCCGGAGAGCAGAGAGAGACCGUCCUGCAGGCCUACAUCAGCAACGACCUGCUGGACUGUCACAGCCACAGCCAGAGGAGUGUGCUUCAGCUGCUGCAAUCCAAGAGUGAGGUGGUACGGCAGUACACGGCCCGGCUCAUCAACGCUUUCGCAUCCCUAGCAGAAGGUCGCCGCUACCUCGCCCAGAGCACAAAGGUACUGCGGAUGCUGGAGGAAAGGCUGAAGGAGGAAGACAAGGAUGUCAUCACCAGAGAGAAUGUUCUCGGGGCCCUGCAGAAGUUCAGCCUCAGGCGCCCACUGCAGACAGCGAUGAUUCAAGAUGGCCUCAUCAUCUGGCUGAUUGACAUCUUGAAGGAGCCUGACUGCCUGUCUGACUACACGCUCGAGUACUCGGUGGCCCUGCUCAUGAACCUCUGCCUCAGGAGCGCAGGGAAGAAUAUGUGUGCCAAGGUGGCGGGCCUGGUGCUGAAAGUCCUUUCAGAUCUGCUCGGCCAUGAAAACCACGAGAUACAGCCGUAUGUGAAUGGAGCUCUGUACAGCAUCCUUUCCAUUCCAUCCAUCCGUGAGGAAGCUAGAGCAAUGGGAAUGGAAGACAUCCUUCGCUGCUUCAUCAAAGAGGGCAACGCCGAAAUGAUCCGCCAGAUCGAGUUUAUUAUCAAGCAGCUGAAUUCAGAAGAGCUACUGGAUGGUGUUCUUGAAUCUGAUGAUGAUGAAGAUGAAGAUGAUGAAGAGGACCAUGACACUAUGGAAGCCGAUCUGGACAAGGACGAACUGAUCCAGCCCCAGCUUGGAGAGCUCUCAGGAGAGAAGCUUCUGACCACGGAGUACUUGGGAAUCAUGACCAACACGGGGAAGGCAAGGCGGAGGGGGGCAGCUGGCGUGCAGUGGGGUGGCCCGGAGCCCCUGCGCCGGCCGGUCACCCCCGGCGGCCACAGGACCGGGUACCCAGCGCUGGAAGAUCAUCCCAAUUCUCCCCAGAUGGCCCAGCAUGCCAGAAAUGGCUGCCUCCCAUCCCUGUCAAACACCCACGCUCCAGUCUGCAGGGGGGGCAAACCUGCUGCUCCUGAGCCUUGCCCUUCCUUUUCAUCCGCCACUGAUGCCAAGCCGGGAGAGUGGUCGCCAGCAGGACGUCAGGGAGAGCCUCGCCUACCCUCAGCAGGGGCCCCAAGCCAGCCUCGAGGGGGGCCCCAGGCCCUGGAAAGUGGAGACACCACCAGGGGAUUCACAUCAAGCUUCAUCUGCAAGCCCCGGGGCCCCCGCACCCUGGAGAUCCUGGACAUGAACCCACCCAAGGUCAAGGCGUCGGCUCUGGGCCCUCAGUUCUCCUCGUGUGGCCCCCAGCAGACCAGCCGUCCCAGUUCCACGACGACUUCCACAAGGAGCCUGCAGAGCAGCCCAUCUUCCAGGAAGUGAGGAUGGGUUCUUCCCUGAGGUCACCAUCCCUUUGCCCAGUGACGAGCCCGCUUCCUGCUCUCGGCCAGCCGGCAGCUGCAGAUGACAGAUGUGACGAGACAGUUAUCGUCACGCCACCAGGUGACUCGAGGAGCUGAGGAGGACAGCCCUCCAGGAGUCCAGGAGCAGGCUCACCGUAGCCCCUUCCCGAGGGUCCUGCCACUGCCCUUCCUGCCCACCCUCCCCGCCGGCACCCAGCUUGGGGGUGGGGGCAGUGGGGGACAGCAGAGCCAAAGCCAGGAGCUCGUCCAUCUCAGGGAGCCAGGGCCAGACAGCUCAGCCAGAGGCAGGCCCUCGACCUUGGAGGAAACCAGUCCUCCUCACCCAGACCAAGUAUGAGGAAACAGAAAGGGGUUAGAUCCUUCUCAAAUCGGCUGCCUGAGCCGCAGAUUUUGGAUUUUCUUCCUCUUAAAACCUGGUAAGAGUAUGGGGUGUUCCCCUCUGUGGCUGGAAUACGGCUGUUCCAAAGCAGCCCUGUGCUUCUUCCUACGUGUUCUAAGGGCUCAGAGCAUUGACCAGUUUAAAGCCAUUUCCCGCCCUCCGUCCGUUAAGACCACAAGCAGAAACUGUGCCCCCGGCAGGGUGACUGGUCCCCGCUGGGGGAGGCCCGUUGCUCCCUCCUUGCCAAGGGUGACAUCAGGGCCACAUCCUAGUGUUGGGGCCCAUGUGAGGAAAGCAGGAGAGACUCCAUCUUGAAGCCUGUCAUCCAUCUUAAAUACAGGAUGUGAACUGGGCCUGAACCCAAGCCCAGGAGUGAGGAAAUGGUCACUAGUGAAAACCAGGUCUCCUGGAGACUUCCCUCCUUACAGAUGGCAAACAGAGAUUGUAGUUGAAGUCAGGCUGCCCCUGUUAGAUUAACCAUGGAGACAUCCCCUCUUGAUGUAUAAUCAUUGUCCCCCCACCCUCCCUCCUUUAACCUUAAUUGUUUGUUUUCCUAGCACCUACUUGUUGUAAAACUCAAUCACAUGCAACAGAGAGGUUGCUAACACGUAACCAGUCAUGUAGUGGGGGGUAUAAAACUGGGCCUCUCAGAAGCAUCAGGGUCCUUGUUGGGAACCGAUUCACCCUUGGACCUGCUGGCGUAAUAAACUGUACUCCACUGUC